AUGAAGAAAGCCAGAGAUGUUCCACUUCUAGCAGGGAGAAUCCCUGGCCUGUCAGAGCCAGACGAAAAUGGUUGGAGGACAUACCGCAGGCCGGAUGAUAAGUCCGGUGGACAUGGUGUUGGAUGGAGUCCGAUUAUACCAUACGCUUUCCGAGUACCUGAGGAAUGGGAAGAGGUACCAGUAUCAAUAGCAGAUCUUGGUGGCACUGAGAUAGAUUUGAGAUUUGCAAACUCUAAGCAAGGGCGUCUGUUUGUCGUUGUUGCUCCUGUUCUUAGAUUUGCUGAUAAUCUUGGUGAUGAUGCUACAAUAGAAAAAAUCGGACCUCCAGAGAAAGUCAUCAAUGCAUUUGGUCCGGAAAUGAUUGGGGACAAUGUCGAGGGGAAGGUUCUAAGUUCAGACGUAGCAGAACACGAUGGAAGAACAUACUACCAGUUUGAGCUAGAGCCUCCUCAUAUUUUUAUUACUGCUACUGCAGCAGGAAAUCGCUUGUACUUGUUUGGUGUAACAGGCAGUGGUCUUCAGUGGAAGAGACACUACAACGAUUUGAAGAAGAUAGCUGAGUCUUUUCGAGUUGUAUAAUUAUCAAUUGAGAGCUUUUGAGAAUGAGAGAUCAUAAAUGUGCACUUUCUGUAUAUGUAUUUUAGUAACAGCAGAUAUUUUCUUUCCCACUAUUUUGAUUGGGAAACGAAUUUGAGCAAUCAUGUAUGAAAAGUCUGUAUACCUUCAACAUACCAAUUCUGAGGUGGUCAAUGGUCUAUCUUUAUUUUGACA